CCCCGAAUUCUGUCCCGUCACAUCCAUUCCUCCUCCUGCAUGCUUUCUGCAGCUGCGUCUCCCCUGCUGCGCUCCCCUGCUUCGUCUCCCGUCAGUCACGCCUCCAACCACCUGCUUUGAACGUGGGCUUCUGAUUUCACAAAUUCACAUCACACCUCCGCGUUACGGUCCUGCUUCAGGAUCGGGUUUGAGAACUUAAACGCAAAACACGAGUUCGGUAUCUCGGUUCUGGAAUAGAGGGUCGUACACCACCACCAGCUCCGAGCUCGCAUCGGAAUGGGGGGGUUGCGUCACGGUGAAGCUCAGCAGAGAUCGCCUCCCGCGCCUGUCGCGCGCUCCCCUCGCUCCCCCGCGCCCUCCUCUCGCUACCCAACGCCCCCCUCGCGCUCCCCCGCGCCCUCCUGUUUCCCCGCAACCGCCGGCCCGCUACCCAAGUUCGUCCGCGCGUUUUCCCGUAGCGCCUCCACUUCCGCGCCGAAUAGCGCCACCGCCGCCGCCGCCGCCGCCGCUGCGGCGAUCGCGGCCCGUCGCUGGCCGGUUGAAAGCGACGGCAGCGACAGCGAAUACGAAAGCGACAGCGACAGCGGCGACGGCGAGCGACGUCGCACGCGAGUCCCGGUCGCCGAUGUCGCCGAUGUCGCUGCGACUGACACGUGUCGCCACCACACCCCGCCUCCAGAGCGGCAGGGCGCGCGCGGAGCGGAGCAGAGGCGCGGGAGAGUGGAAUUCGAGCAGGGGGGGAAGUUACGGUCCAAGUCCGCCGGACGGUUUGUAAGACGCGGGUUCAGCUUCGGCGCUAGGGGGGAAAGCGCGAGAGGGGAAAGCGCGAGAGGGGAAAGCGCGCGAGAGAGUGCGAGAGAGCGCGCGAGGGAGGCAGAGCGAGCGCAGUCUCCGAUUCCGCCGAGCUCCUCCGCGCCAGAUGAACAAUCAGCGCCAGAAAACGCCGCCGCUAGCAGAGGAACCGCUAGCUCUUCCCACCCCGCCAGCGCCGGCGCCGGCGCCGCUGCCGCCGCCACCGCUCUUGCGGGGGUCGCGUCCAGCCGCGCGAGGUGGGGCAAGAGCAAGAGCAUGGGGCGGCUGCUGUCGCGUAAAGUGAGCAUUGGCGGGGGCGCGGGGGCAGGCGGAAGCGCAGGCGGAACUGCAGUGGGGAGGCACAGGACCCUGGCGGAAGCGAGCGCCGCACGGGCGAUUUGCGCGGUGGACGGCGACCGGAUGAACGACAGUCCUGGCGACGCCGUGCGACGACUGGCGAGUGAGCAGAGUCCCAGCGCGGAUGGCUGGAGGGAGGGCGGGGGGCCUAGCGGCGCUGGCGCGAACGACAGGGGAAACGCGGAGAACGUGGAAGCGGGGAGCUCGGAAGCGGGGAGGGCGGAAGCGGACGGCGCGGAGCGGAAUGGGGGAGCGGACGUGCGGAGGGGAAGGAAUGGUGGUGAUGGUGCCAGUGUUGGUGGCACGGUUGGUGGUGGUGACAGGGCUAGUGGUGGCGGCGGUGGUGGUGAUGGGAGAAACAGCAGGAUAAGCAACAGGCGACUGGCAGCGAACCUGCACCCGAUACACGUGGGCAACCGGACGGGGUCGGGAGUAAGGUCCCUCAUCGGCAGAAGCAAGAGCGCCUCCCCUCUGAAGGAGGGAGACAGGCGGAGUCCGCUUGGGGAGCGGCGGAGCCCGCUAGGUGCGGUAGGUGUGGUGGGUGCAGGGGGGGGAGACGGGGGGAAGGCAUUGGCGGGGAAAAGCCGGUCUCUGGUGUCAAGGUUUGAAAGCUGGCGGAAAGGGAGCCCCAGGGAGGAGGGCGCGGAGGGGGGCGCGGAAGGGGAGGUGGAAGGGGGAAGGAGGGAUGCUGGGGGUGAAGCAGCGACGUGUGGCAGUGGGGGGGAGGAGGGGGAGGGCGCACGGGGUGGGCUGCUAGCAGGCGGGGCCGCAUGUGCGUCGUUCAGCGGGUGGGGAGCUGCAGAGGAGGGAGGGGUGGAAGAAGGGGGAGUCGAAGAGGCGACUCGAGUGGUGGUGCGAUACUGGAGGGGGGGGAGAGAGAGGGGAGGGAGAGAGAGGGGAGGGAGGGGGGUGGAAGGAGGAGCAGCGGGAGAGGAGGAGGAGAAGGAGGGAGAUCUAGGGGAAGGAAGAAGGGACGAGCAGUUGGGAGAAGAAAGAGAGGCGAAAGGGGUGGAGGUGGAGAGGGAAGGGAGGGAGGGAGAGAGCUGCUUUUCCGCUGCAGGGGCCUGCAGGGAGGAGCAGAGGCAGCAGCAGCAGCAGCAGCAGCAGCAGUGGGUAGGGAGGGAGGAGGUGGCAGCGGCAUUGAGGCAGAUCCGUGACACAACGCGGCUGGGAGAGGAGGCGUGCUGGGAGGUGGCACAAACACACGGACUCAUGGACGCACUUCUGGGGUUGAUGCACGCACAUGGGGAGACGCAUGCACAGGAAGGGGAGGAGGAGGAGGAGGAGGAGGAGGAGAGGAGGCGAGGUGAAGCGGCUGGAUGUGAGAGGGUGGAGAGUGGGGCAGACGUGAGGGGUGUGAGUGAGGGAGUGGGUGAGGGUGGGGUUGCGGGAGUGAGUGAGAGAGCGAGUGCGGGAGUGAGUGAGGAAAUCAGUGAGCUAGCGGCAUGUGUGAUCUGCAACCUUCUCAUGCACCCCGCGCUCCUCCCACCAGCCAUGGCAUCUGGCGUCCUCCCCUCCCUCACCCUCGUCCUCUCCUCCCCCUCCGCCCCCAUCCCCACCCGUUGCCUCGCUGCUGCCUCCCUCUCUCGCAUCGCUGCUACCCCCUCCACCCGCCCCUUCCUGGAAGCUGCGCUUCUAGGCCGCCCCCCCUCCUCUUCCGCCUCCCCCUUACCCUCCCCCCUCGUCUCCCCCAUCCCCUCCGCGUCCCUUCCCCCGGACACCCUGCUUUCCCCAACUCCAUCGGGGGAAGGGGAGCCUUCAGGGGGGAGAGGGGUUGGGGGAGGGGAAGGGGGGGGGAGUGGGGGAGGGGAUGGGGAGAGUGGAGGAGCGGUGGGGCGGAGUGAGGGGGGUGUGAGUCCGGUGGGGACGGAGUGGAGUAGCAGCAGUGGUGGUGGUGGGGAGGGGCUGAGCAGCCGCACUGGUGGUGGUUGUGGUGGCAGGACGAUCACAGCAACCACUAGCAGCAGCAGCAGCAGCAGUGGUAGUGGCAGUGGCAGUGGCAGUGGUUUGGCGCACAGCAGCAUUGGCAGGAGCAGCACAGCACCUGCUGGGACGAGCUGCCCGUCGUUGGACGCCUGUUCUCUCAGCCCUGGACCUAGCCCAGGGGCCGCCAGUGCCAUCGAUACUACUAGCCCCUCCCGAGUUGACACCACUGUUAACACCGGCAACCCAACCAUUCCUAGGAGCAGCAGCAGCAGCAGCUGCUGCAGAAGGGCCGGUGUCAGUGUGAGCCCAAAAGACUGCUAUGCCACUGUCAUCCCCUCCCUGCUCCACCUCCUCUCCCUCGCCCCUCCCAAUCCCCUCUCUCCCCCCACCUCCUCCCGAGUCGACGUGGCCAAAUCCCUGCUCCAACUCUGCCGCACCCGAGACCUCAGAAUAGCCGCAGUGAGGGCAGGUGCCGUCGCCACUGCAUGCCACCUGCUCCAGAUGCACCCUCCCCCAGAGCUCGAGCUCCCCCUGGUGCUACUGCUUGAGCUAGCAGGGAGGGUGGAGGAGGGGAUGGAGCAGUUGUGCUUACAGGGAGGGAGGGAGGUGCUGGCAGAUGUGAUUGAAGGGGGGGGUGGUGGGGCAAAGGCGCAUGCGGUAACUGCGCUGUUCCAGGUGGCGAUGAGCGGUCGGGAGUGGUGCGUGGAGGAGGGGGCAGGGGGUGGCCCAGCAGCAGCGGCGGCGGCGGGGCAGUGGCUGGGGCUGGCGCUGUCGGUUAUUGCCGAGGAGGCGAGCAAUAAGGUGGUGAGGCUCAAGGCCUCAGCUCUCCUCUCCAUGUUGCGGGAUGGAGCCUCCCCCGACCAGGCCUUGCGCCUUGCCGCCACCCGGCAGCGCGGCAUCACGUGAGCGUGCGUUGCUGCUGCUGCUGCUGCUGCUGCUGCUGCUGCUGCCGCUGCUGCUGCUGCUGCUGCCGCUGCUGCUGCUGCUGCUGCUGCUGCUGCUGCUGCUGCUGCUGCUGCUGUGCGGCACAUGCUCUGCUCCUCCGCUCCACUGAUUGCACAGGUGUGCGUGCCUAUUAGCGCCUGACUGGCCAGGCCUUGCACCCUGCCGCCACCUGCCAGCACUGCAGCACCACGUGACCAGGGCUGCUGCCACACCUGCUUGACUAAAUUCCACGGCUGGGCAGGGAUCAACGGGCCACAGCCUUGUGCCUGCCGUGUGUAUCAGAAAGAAAAUGAUUGAACUAGAAUGUGUGUACAAUGAUAUAUAGACUAGGGUGUUGUACCCUUUAAGGCACAAUUCAGUAUAGUCUACAGUAACAACC